AUGCGAUCGGUCUUUUCGGUCCUGCAGCGGACCGCUACAACCCCGGUAUGGCAACAACCGAUUUCUUCCAUCCGGGGUCCUCACUCUCGCCUGGCCUUCAAGCUUGAUUCAAUUUGCGCCAGAUGUCGCCGCCAGCAGAUCCGAUUCUCAAGUAACCGGCAACUGGCCGAUGAUCCCCGGUGGCUCUCUGUCGUGGACAACCCAGCUCAACUUGUGCGAACAGGUCGCAAACAUGGUCCUGGUUUAAUUCUUCUCGCAUUGAUUCCUAUUAUUUCGUUCGCAUUGGGAACAUGGCAGAUCCAGCGUUUGGACUGGAAGACACAACUGAUCGCGAAAUAUGAAGAUCGUCUGGUUCGAGAUCCUCUCCCGCUCCCUCCGCGUGUUGAUCCCAGCGUUGUUUCCGAAUUCGAUUAUCGCCGUGUCUAUGCUACGGGUCGUUUGCGACAUGACCAGGAAAUGCUGAUCGGGCCUCGUAUGCGUGACGGCCAGGAUGGAUUUUUGGUUGUUACGCCGCUGGAGCGAGGAGAGGGCGAGAGUACGGUGCUGGUUAAUAGGGGGUGGAUUUCUAGGAAGAUGAAGGACCAAAAGGACAGGGCGACGGGGCUGCCGCAGGGCGAGGUCACUGUUGAAGGGCUACUACGGGAGCCCUGGAAGAAGAACAUGUUUACGCCGGAUAACAAGCCGGAGGAAGGGAAAUUCUACUUUCCAGAUGUUGAGCAGAUGGCUGAAUUGACCGGCAGUCAGCCGGUUUGGAUUGAGCAGACAAUGGUCCCGGAUUUGGUUGAGUCGUACGACAGGGAGGCAAAGGGCAUCCCGAUCGGUCGACCGGCCGAAGUGAACCUGAAAAACAACCACAGCCAGUAUAUCUUCACAUGGUACGGAUUGUCCCUUGCGACAUCUAUCAUGCUGUGGAUGAUUAUCCGAAAGAGGCCUAACGAGGCCACACGUCGUGUGCGUCAGAAUCGGAAUUGGUAGUUUUGCCGUGCUGGUUUCGCGCAUACGGAGGCGUCGGUUCUGCUUGUCUAUUAUACGGUUUACUGUAAGAUAGUAUUCAUCAUGGCGGCAUUGCGAGUCUCAUAUCCUGCAGCAGCUCCUUGGGCAGAUGCUUUUGUGCGAGAGAAAAUACCGUUGUAGUGUUAUUGAGAUGUCGUUGCCU